CCUGCACUCUCGCCAUAUUUUCACUCCUGUCGAGACCCGCAGCCCGGUUUGCCACAAGGCUGAGCAGGAGAACCCUUCGCGCCACACAAUAUAAAGUGUGAAAAGGAUCACCUUCUGAGCUAAAGAGGGACAUCUGCAUUAGCUUCAUCACUUCACCCUACAACCAUGAACGUCUUCAGACUGAUAGGGGACCUCUCUCAUCUGGCUGCUAUCAUCAUCUUGCUGCUCAAAAUAUGGAAAAGCAGGUCAUGUGCAGGUAUCUCUGGAAAGAGCCAAAUCCUGUUUGCUAUUGUGUUCACCACACGCUACUUGGAUCUGCUCACCUCCUUCAUCUCCCUCUAUAACACAUGCAUGAAGGUGAUCUACAUCGGUUGUUCGUAUGCCACAGUCUACCUGAUCUACGGGAAAUUCAGGGCCACCUAUGACGGCAACCAUGACAGUUUCAGAGUGGAGUUCCUGGUCGUUCCCGUUGGAGGUCUCGCUGUUCUCAUCAACCACGACUUCUCUUUCCUGGAGAUCCUUUGGACAUUCUCCAUCUACCUGGAGUCGGUGGCAAUCCUGCCUCAGCUCUUCAUGAUCAGCAAGACUGGCGAGGCAGAGACGAUCACCACCCACUACCUGUUCUGCCUGGGCCUGUACCGAGCUCUCUAUCUCUUCAACUGGAUCUGGCGUUUCUACUUUGAGGGCUUCUUCGACAUGAUCGCUAUUGUGGCUGGCGUGGUCCAGACUAUCCUCUACUGUGACUUCUUCUACCUUUAUGUCACCAAAGUGUUGAAAGGCAAGAAGCUGAGUCUGCCAGCGUAAAACGUAGAGAAGGAGACAGCGGCUCCCAUCAGACUCAGGGGGGGGUGGAGAUGACAUCUUGGAAUCUCCUGACCUAUAACAGAGGAUGCCUGAGACAGACAGCCAACUAACAGGGAAAAACACUAGUCUUCUUGAUGAUUGCUGAUUGAACUGGUAAAUGCCAACAAACACCAGAGCUGAACAAAGAUCAUCCCAGACCAACCAUUGGAUUUCUGUGUUCAGCAUCUUGCCUUAAACGUAUUUUCAUUGCUGUUCAAAUAGGAGAAA